ACCGUCAGUCGUCACUAACGCAAUGCCAACUUAGUGACUCCUCGUCUGAUGCUCACCGCUGAUGUGACGGACUGAAUUGUCAUCAACGAUUAUUGGUCAUAUCCUGUUUGCAUUGUCGGGAAGUAAUUUGUCAAGUACUGAAGCCAAACUUAUCAAAAUCUUUCCCCUGUCUGCUUCAGUGCUUGUCCCUUGACUUGCGAACAGUACUUCUUCAACUUUUGUCCAUUUGGAGCAUUGGGGACCGGGAGAAGGUCUUACGUUAGGCAGGGCAGAGCAAGCAUACACUGCAGAAAAGCCGUCACUUCACAUGCCUGAUCUGCCAAACAUGAAAAGAUUCUGCGUCUUGUUUGCCACGAUCGUGAUGGUCGUCAUGGUAGAAGUUGGAGCUAAACGGAAACACUUCCAUCCUGAUCACAAAUAUGACCAGGAAUCACAAGGUGAACACACCGUGGUGAGGAGAGAGAACAAGGAGAAGGCGUGUCCCCCAGUGUCGCCAGACAUGGCAGGCAUCUGCUUGGAGGAUUGCUCUGGCGACAGUGACUGCAAGGGCACCUUCAAGUGCUGCUCCAAUGGCUGCGGCAAACAGUGCAUGAAGCCCGUUGAAGAAGAGCAGUGUCCUAUUGCCUGUAACAAGAUGUACGACCCCGUGUGUGGUACUGACGGAGUGACAUACGGCAACGAGUGCUCCUUGAAAUAUAUCAAGUGCACAAGGAACCAAGACUUCAUCAAAACGAAGUUUGAAGGGGAGUGUCCACAGCACCGUCGAGUGAGACCUUGUGAAACUGCGCGAGAGAAGUAUUUGAUGCCCUCAAAGAUGCGCAUGGUCGGCCAGACCGCUCCACAGUGUGACGAAAAGGGCUUCUACAAACCCAUGCAGUGUUCCAGUUCUACAGGCUCAUGCUGGUGCGUCACUAGAGACGGCGAGGUGCUGGACACGGAAGGCAUCUUGAUCAACUCGGACGAGGACUGUCUGGCAUUUCUCAUGGAACCAUACUACCGUUAGUGUGGAAAAUGUAGUCAUUGGGCUCUAGGGAUAGGCAAAUGAGUGCAAUGGCGUGCAUAGUCAGGAUUGAAAAACGAAUAAAUUUAUUGACCAAGUCUUACAAAAUAAGUUUCCUUCAAAUCUGUUUGGAUAUAAGAAUGGUCAGUGCUUUGCUUUUGGUGAUCUUCUCAUUUCUUGAUCAGUAAAGUUCAUACAAAAUUAUUUUCCUCUUAUGUAUACUUUUUUAUAUCUGUCAUUUGUCUUUUUUUUUCAUUUUUCAAACUUUUGAGUAUCUUUAGUCUGUUGUAAGCCACACCUAGUGUAUACCUGUUUUGUUGUACAUGUGUAUUGAAGAGGUUCAGAACCAAGGAACCGAACUGUUACAUGUUUUGGGUCUGAUACCCCAGUUUGUUCCAUGAGAUAAAUUAAUGUUGGUUACUUUUACCAGCUUUGCGACCUGACCGCUAUGUGUGAAUACACCACCGGAGAAAUAUACAUGUAGUUAAGUAAGUGUUUAUUCCAGCAUGCUGACGUCAUCUUCAACUUGAAGCUUCGUCAAUUUUGAAUAAAGCUGUUUAAAAAUGUUUUCUGUUGUUGAAAGUGGCCAAAUUUAAUUAUAAAACAGUAAUAUAAUAGCAGACAUUGGAAUAUAUGCUCUAAAAACUGAGUUUUUUUUAAUGUUUCAACACUGGCAAUUCACAAUAGUGCGCCUCCAAGAGUUUGCAACAUGUUGACUAAUCACAGUGUGCGAAAUCUGUCGACCCUUUCCAAACAUGCAUUUAGUCAACAGAUUUCACGCAGUGUGAUCGGUCAACGUGCUGCAAACUCCUUUGUGAAACGACCGUAUUACGUGAGUGCCUAAUUUAUCUUGUAGUUAUGAACUGUAAGCUUAUAGUGAUAAUAUUUGAACAUUUGCAUAAUUCACAUCCAAGUAUUUGCUGGAUUUAUAAGAAUUUGUAAUCGGUAAUUGUACUUAAGCAAAGGGUGCAUUAGAUGCACACAUGGCCAGCAGUAUUAUUGUAUGCCUUAGAUUUAACAGCAUUAGUAGAGUUUUCUCAACUCGUUUGUGAUGAUUCUGCACUUUUUAUACUCUGUAGACAAAAAUGAUCGUGGAAAACACGCUCAGAUAUUACAAAUAACCAACUUAAAAUACUGAUUGAAGUUUUGAUGUGCACAGUCAUUCCGAUAUGAAAGCGUCUCACGUAUACAUAUAAGGUAUGGGUUGAUGAAAACUUCUCUUUGAUUUGUACAAAAGACGGCAAAUGAAUAUUAAUUAUUGAAGUAAUUCUGUGUCAUGCCAUCUCACAUUCCUCACAGGUCAGUACUAAAAAAUGGACAAUAACCACCUGUUUUGAACCAGUGUGCGAUGAGGUAAACACUGACCGUUUUUUGUAAUAAAAAUCUAAGGAAGUAUAUGUACAUUUCUUGCAUUACGCUUCAAGGUUGUAGUUUGAAGAAACGACCACAGAUAUUUAUCCAUCCACCAACUGCAACACAAAUUGUGAAAGGUAAUUAAUUUUCCAUGUCGAUGUAAUUGGUAGAUCAGUUUAUUUUGACCUUGAUUGGAAACAUUUGGUGUACCUUAAUUAUACUACACUGUAUACAAGAAAUAUGUGAAGUUUCCUCUAGCAGUUUUGUAUACCAAUGAAAUAAAAUCAGUGGAGAGCUUAA